CCCACAGGAAAGGAACGCGAAGAAGGAUUUAGUUCUGUUGUCCCACGAAACAGAAUCACAACAAACCCGUUUAAAUUUGGGAAUUCUGAACAUAAAAACAAGAGCAAUUGCGGAAGAUAUUCAUCUGUUAUAAGGAAUGGAGAAGAGGAAGUGUUUCUACUUGAAGCGACAAGCUCCUCAUGAUGGCCAGAGUGCAAUCAUUCCUUUUAAGAAGGAUGAGGUUUUGAUUGGUCGAUCAGUUGAAGCUACUCACGUCAUCCCACACCAGCUCAUAUCCCGCAGACAUGCAGUAUUUAAGCGAGAGAAUGAUCAGUGGACUGUCAGCAAUCUUAGUCUGAAUGGAGUGUUUGUCAAUGGAAAUUCCGUACCAAAAACAGAGCAGUACGUAAUCAAUGUAGGUGACAUGAUACAGUUUGGUCAGCCCGCAACCUUUGUCUACCGCUUUGGGCUGAAGGAAAUACCCAGUAGAUCAGGGAGUUCCUCUUCUCAACAACCAGAUAUAAAGAGGAUGAAGUCAGAGGAUGACAGAAAAAGUGCCCUUGCAAAUAACUUGAAUCAGGAACGAGAGGCACUGGAGGAACAGCUGAGGCAGAGUGACACAGUCCAGCAAAGGCUAAAGACAGAGCGGGAUGAGCUCCUACUGUCACUGCAGAACCAAAAGGAAGAUCUGCAGCAAAAGUAUCAGCAGGAGAAGGAUGCUUUGGAAAAGCAAUUCUCUGCUGGCUCUGUGCAACAACAAGUGAUGUUACAGGAGAAAGAGGCACUUGCACAACGUCUAAAGGAACAGGUGUCAGAACUUCAGAACCGAUUGGAGGAGGAACGAAAGACCUUGGAAGAGAAUGUCAGGAAGGAAGAGGAGCAACGCAUGCGGCUACUUCAAGAGAAGGAAGCAGUUCUUCAUCGAUUAGAAGAAGAGAAUGCAAACUUGGAAAAACAGAUGCAGGAGGAGCGAAGAAAACUUCAGGAACGUUUGCAGGUCACAGAAGAACACAAGGAGGAACUACAGCAACAAGUAGAGGCGAAGGAGAAUGAGAUUAGAGUAAAGGAGGAGCUACAGCGGAAGGCUGAAUGGGAACGUCAGAAGAUGCAGGAAGAGCUUACACUAGAGCAGAUACGUUUGCAAAAAGAACUUGAAAGGGUCAAAGAUGCUUUGACAGAGAAAGAGAAAAAUAAUUCUGCCCUAAGUUCAGAGCUCAAGCAGAAAGAAGGAGAACUAAAUGAGAGACUGGCCAAGGUAGCUGCAGAAGUUGAGGAGAAUUCCUCCGCAGCACGCCAGGAGGUCUUGAAACAGCUAGAGCAAGUUCAGGAGGAGAAGAGGCUUAUGGAAGAACAGCUGUUGUUAGCUCAAGCACAGGAUCAGGCACAGAUGAAUGACCUGCAGGAAUCCCUGCAGACCUUAGAAGCACAGAAGUUGUCUCUGGAACAGGAGCUAAAGAGCACAGAAGUGGCUUCAGCAUGUGCCAGAAAGGAAGUUGUUGAGUCUGUUUCUGAUGUUCUUGAGAAUGAGUUCCAGUGCCCCAUUUGCAAUGAACUCUUCAUGACGGCGGUGAUGCUGAACUGCAGUCACACUUUUUGCCGGUACUGCAUUGACCAGUGGAAGAAAAAUAAAAAAGAAUGUCCCAACUGCAGACAAGCAAUCACCUCAGAGACCCGUUCUUUAGUGGUUGAUAAUUUUAUAGAAAAGAUUGUGCCCACCUUAUCAGAAGAACUGAAGAAGAGAAGAGCAGAGCUUGUUGAGGAAAGAAACG